AUGUACUCAGCCAUGGCCGCUGAAAACUUGCCCUGCGCGCAGCUGGAAGAGCAGGAAAUAGGUAAGUCUGAAAUUGCAGUCUUUCUGCUGCAACCUGUAAGUGUCUCUGGUUUGAAAAAUUAACUUGGCUUUAACUUAGUUUUUGUGUUAUUGGAAAAUGACUCGGCUAUAUUACAUCACACGUGUUCAAGCGGCUGUUGACAAAGUUACACAGGAAGUGAGAGACAGAGGUUGGCCUAGUUUUAGGAAAGUACAACAAAAGCCUUACUUUGAAACUCCUUUACACUGUAAACUGAAUGAAAAUGUAAAUGAUGGCUAUUUUAAGGCCACCAUGGCUUCUUAUUAUUCAGAGUACUACAUCCUAAUAGCUUGUAGGUAUUUUUGGCUCAGAUCACGUUACUCUUCUCUAUAAAGAGCCUGGGCAUUUAUAUUUAGUGUUUAAAACAUUAGCUGCAGCCCUAAACUGAAGUGAAAAUAAAGUUUUAUAUCUUAAAAUUUUUCCAAAAGGUUUGUUCUGAAUCAUUCUCUAAAGUCAAAUUCAGAACCUAUAAAGUCAACUGUUAGCAGCAUUAUAGUGUUUUGAGGUUGUGCAUACUUCUAAUUUUUUAAACAAACUUUCCACACUCUAAAUACUUGUAACAGUGUGUUGUUGAUAUGCCAAACUAUCAACAACAUCUUUAAGGGAUAUUCUGGCGUAAAAUUAAUUUAGGGUCAAACACACUGUAACACCAAGUUAGACGCCCCUUGAGAGAUGAAUGUUGCCGACCGCUUGCUUCUCUACUUAUACCAACUUUAGAAUCGACCGCACGAUACACUUCACGUAUCUCAUUUUGACACAGCUGACAGCUAACCAUAAACCAAAACCAUGACUUUAACACAUUAUUCUCACAACAUGACUUAAUACUCAUGAUAUGUUACAACUUUAGCUACAGCUUUAUUUUUGUAACAAUAUGUUAAUAAUUUUAAUGUGACUUCUCCUGAUAAAAUGGCUUUAUUUACUUUGAAAAGGAUUUUAAAUCUUUGAAAAGGUGACUGUGGCUUUAAUGCGCCAUCAGACAAAACCAACAGUUAUUAAAUAAUUGCUGAACUUCCUUUUAGCAAGCUAAGCCAAAUCAACUCAGGAAGUCUAGCCCUCUACAUCAAAAUCAUUUGCAUAAAUAUUUUAUGUAUUUAAAUUUCAAGAGACCUAGUUCGUGGUGGAUACAUAGUGAGCCUUUUUAGCAAUAAUAAAUAAGUAGUAAGUAAACAACAACAAAUAAAAGGCAGAUCAAUGUUUUAUUGCUGCUUUUGUUGAACAUACAUGACAAUUAUGUUUAUUUAGACCCUGUACAAACUGCACAAAGGGGCAGUUUGCAUUAUUACAGCAAUAUGGCAAGAUACUAAUCAGUAAUCAAUGACUACAUCCAAUUAAAAACAACUUAGCGGUUUUAGAACAUUCAUAAUGGUGGCGAUAUACCAUAAGAAAGUCUUUGAAAACAGGCCCAGAAAAAGGGUAAUCAAAUCAGUUUCUGAGUAACUAACUGAUUCCUGUCUGUUUAUUUUACAGAGAAACUGAACAUCAUGCUUCUUGGGAAAAGUGGGGCUGGCAAGAGUUCAAGUGGGAACACCAUCCUUGGGAGAAUUGGGUUUACGACAGACAUGAGUGUUCAGAGAGUCACUUUACAAUGUCAGAAAGAAGUCGAGACAGUCAAAGAUGUCCCCGUGGAUGAGACCGGGGAAGUUGAAGAUUUGUCUGUCACUAUCAUUGACACACCUGGCUUUUUUGAGCUCAAGCGCAAGGAUGAAAUUGUGCGAGAGAUUCUCAAGCGUGUCAAACUCCAGGAACCAGGACCCCAUGCCUUCGUCUAUGUAAUCCCUGUAGGACGGAUGACUCAAGAAGAUGAAAAUACCCAGGCACUAAUUGAACAAAAGUUUGGCCCAAGAGUUUGGGACUUCACCAUCGUGUUGUUCACCUAUGGGGAUCGCCUGGAAGGAAAAUCCAUAAACGACGUUGUUAAGCAGAGUGACGACAACUUUCGCAACUUCAUACGCAAGUGCAGCGGCGGCUUCCAUGUCUUUAACAACAAGGACCCACAAGACCAGAAACAGGUGACAAACUUCAUAAAAAAGAUCCAGACCUUGGUGGCCCUGAAUGGAGGGGAAUAUUACAAGACUGAACUGUAUCCUGAAGAUGAACAGAAGAUUAGGAAAAGGCAGAUAGAAAUUCUGGCAGAGAGAGAUAAAGAAAUCAGGGACAAAGAGAAAGAGCUGGAAGAAAAUCACAAGGGGGAAGAGCUGAAGAUGAAGAAGAACGCACUUUUGAUGAGAGAAGAGGAAAACGCACGGCAGAUUGCAGAAAAGGGGAUUAGUAAGAACUACAGCUACUUCUGGUACAUUAUUAAAUUCAUGCUGUCCGUAAUCGUGAUAGUUCUUGCAAUGGCACUUUUUUCCGCUCCAGAGCCCUCAACACGGAAUCCAUUCGAGCCUGUAUGAUUGGCCAAGAGAAGAGGUGUCAAAACAUGCUGUUCUUUGUAGAGUUAGUACCAGGGUUUUAAACUCUGAUACAAUGCUAGCAAAUGUCAAACAGAAGUUGUUUUAACAAGAUUAAAGUUAUAUCGUCAUGAGAUAUAGUCGUGAUAAAGUUGUAGUUUGGUUUAUGGUGAGCUACUAGCAGCCUGAACCUAAAUGAGGAGCGUGAUUCAGAUUGUUGAAUUGUACUUAAUGUUUUGGCCCAUCAGCAACACCAAAUAAUCCGAUUUUUUCUUUUUCUUUUUUUUGUGUAAACAUAAGACAUAAAUGUAAUUGUGUCUUUACUACAUGCCAAAAGGACCUCACAAACAUCAGUAUCUGUCUGCCUGUGAAUGAGAAGUGUUAGUAGUGUAGUGGCUGUGACAGAGCGCAGCAGAGAGACACAGCAGGCAGGCAAGUGUGAUGUCAAAUGCAAGAAAGCCCAAUCUGACACCUUCAGUUUGGACGUGUUUAAAGUUUCUGGAGAUGUAACUACGUCAAAUGAAUUACACUACCUUUCCUCAUUUGGUCUCUUUACUCUUUGCUCAUUUUUCUAGUUGAACCAUACAUAUUUUUACAUAUUUUGGUGUUUUCAACACUAUAAAAUGUAAAAACAAUGAAGCACAGAGCUCCUCAAGUGGCUACUUGAGGCUGGCUGAAUAAAAGAUAUUCAAUUCAUCCCCAUUAUUCCCCAUUCAAAUUUAAAUGGUAAAUUCAAAUCAAACAGGCUGUAAGAAACUAACAUUUUUACAGACUGGUGCUGCUUUAUUCUGUGCAACAACAAAGAACAAACUGCGCUGCUUUUCUUUCCUAAGAGAAACUUUGGUUGUUUCGAAUUGCUGUGUUAAUUCUCAGUAGUACAAGUGGGUUUUGCUGAUCUGGUUCACAGUUCCUGGUUUGUUUGCUUAUUUCAUGUUUGUCAUGCAGUGAUUUUUUUUCAGCCACUCUGGAUUGUUGUUGACUUUUCCCGAUGCUGUUGUCAUUUCUAAGCCACCUGAGACGUGUUGGUCACCCGUGGCUUUAACUAGAGAUUAAAGUGAGUGAGCACACUCCUCUUGGGCAGCACUUUUACCAAACAGGGUCAAGUCAGGCUGAAGGAAACCAUAUGGGGUGAAGUCAUAUCAGAAUUCAACAUUUCAACAAGAUACUUUGUGAACCAGUUGCUGGUGUCUUAUUGGUGGUAUCCGUUAUUUGUGCUUUGUAUGUUGACCACCGAAAUACCAAGUAGGACUUUUUAGCAGGAAUGAACAUAUUGAUUUUUCUGGCCUUUAGCCUCACUGGAGUUUGAAUGUAUCACAGGAUACCAGAAUGACUUUCUAGUAAAAACUGUAAUAGGUUUGUUCUUUUUAAUUAUUAUUUUACUUCUUGGCUGGAAAAUAAUGGGAGCAUUUGUGAUCAAUUGUAAAUGUAAAAAAAAAACUGCUCCUGUUAAUAUAAAGGGGGUAUGAUGCCAUUCUUUCUGGUUCCGUUAAUCCUGAUACAUUAAAGCUCCAAUACCUGCUUUAGUUUUUAGAGGAUGUUCGAAGCUUUGAUGCACUUUGCUUCUCACUGAAUUUUUGCUGUGUCCUAGAGUACAACCCACUGAGCAUUUUUGGUCUAAAAGAGGUCUAAAUGUAGCCUAGACGACUGGUCUAAAAUCAGACAACCACAGGUCUAAAAAUGAAAGUUUUUUAGACGUCUAAAUUUAGACUAACUUUAGACUAAGUCUAAAUCUGGGCUAUAUCUAUACUACACUUAUUUUGGUUAAGUACUUGGAGUCAGUUAUGCAACUCACAGUUGCUUUUGAAAUAAAUUGUUAUUGAAUAAUGGUUAAAAGUGCAAAAUUCUGUCUAAAAAUAUACAGAAUGUACACGGUUAAAAUUAGGUUUUAAAAAAAAUAGACAUCUAAUAGCCGUCUAUGGCUCAGUGGGAAGUAAACACAACUCUUAACACUGGUUACAAUAGCAUAGGACCUGAAGCUAAUCAGAAAGUAAAUUUAAUGUGAGAAAAUGAAAUUGUAAUCUGCACAUGGACUCAAUAAAGAGACAUUAUUGCCUGAAAUUGUGUGUUUCUUGAUACUUUUUUGCAACAAAACCUUUGCUCUGAUAGUGACAUGGCAAUAAUAUUUGCCAUGGAAACUCAAAUUGAGAUUGAAGCACUUGGUUUAGCCGCAAAUGAAUAAAAAUGUGCCUCUCACCCAAAUAAAGUUAAAGUUAAUGUUCAUUUUCUCUGAGGAGGAGCGUCCAAAACUGCAGCAGGAGCGGCCCGACCUCUCUGACAGCGAGCUCACCAGACAUCUGGCUCUCAUGUGGAACGAGCUGUCGGAUAAGAAUUAGAAGGUAACCUAAUAAUGUGGUGCACCAUGUUUAGAUGUAUAGGGUGUAGAUGUGGGCAUAUCGAGGUAAAUCUAGCUGUCAGAUUCUACAUAGAAUCAAUACUUUGCUCACCUGUUCUGUAGAUGAAGAUCCAUAGACAAUGGAUGAGUCAUGAUAGGUAGUAUUCUCCAAGUUUUUGCCUUUAAAAUUGACCAUCAGUAGGGAUUCUUUUGCCUAAACCAUCAACCACCAUUUUUUAUUCUUUUCUCUUUUUUUUUUUGCCAUUUCCAGCUGCUGCAUUUCCAGCUACUGUGCUGCUGUUACCACUUUAUUUGUUCUGUGCUUCUGUAGACAAACAAUGAUGCAAGAAAUCUCACUUGCUAAAAAGGGAACUGCUUUGAUGGAGAUCCAUAAGGCUUAUUCUAAGUAAAAACCUUUUAUAUUCAGGUAAUGCAGGGCUCGACACUAGCUUUUUUUUUUUUUUUUACAUUAAAUAAAAUAGUGAAUUUAACUGGUUUAAAAACAUGAACUAGAACUCUGUUAUAACCAAGGUAAGGCCCUCUGGCUUUGUGAGAUUGGCAUUGCAUGAGUCUAAAAUGAAAUAAAAUCCCUGCCUGAGAGAAAGGAAAGACCUGAGGUUUUCAAAAGAGAGGAAUACUGUGGAAUCAGUUUCUCCUGUUUGCAGUUUUAUUGAAUCUAAUCAUCCUUUUCAAACCUCUGCUGUUUUCUCUGAACUUCGACUGCUUUUUUUUUGCUCUGUUUUGGAUAAGCUACACUGUCUUUAAUCAUGUAAGCCUUUCUUUUUUCUCUUCUCUUCUUCUUUUUUCAAAGAUAUUUUGAAACCCCCACAUCAUUGCUCAACUCUUGUGUUGCUACAAUGGAAAAACACUGUCACUAUGUCCCGCAGUUACAGUAUGUGUUUGCAUACUUUCACUUUCACUUACCGACAGCUGGGAAGGAACUGUGCCGAAUGCUAAGCUACAAGUGUGUCUUUCAUACGCCUUUUAACGCUAACAGUGUACAGUUUUGGUAGUUAGUUUUCAGAAAAGCUAAAUCUAUGGCUGCCGCGAACUCAGAAAGCACUUCUGUUGCAGGACAAGAGGAGCCAAGAGGUGAGUAGUGGGCCUACUGAAGGAAAGACGGUGUGGGUCUUUCCCUCCUAACAUAACUAUCAAACGUUGAACGAACUGCAUUGUCUGAAAGGAAUUUACUUCGGUGUAGUGCCACAACCUAUGUAGUAGGGGAGAGUGGGGUAAGUCGAGCCACCUCCUGUUGCUUGGAAAUGGGUAAAGAAAUCGAUCAUGUGACCAAAUAUUUAGGAGAUGGGCAUCAAUUUAUGGAGUCUAUGAAAGUUAGAAGCACAUGGGUAAAGAGGUUGGACAUUUAUUCCCAAGGAAAAAAAAAAAAUCACCUUUGAAAGUGAAUUUAGUCUGUCAGAAGUUUUAUUAGAAUUGUGUUCAGACCAAAAAAAGGUCAUUUUAAAUUAGUUUUAUACAUCAGUUGUAAUAUCUAUGAGCUACAACAUGAGGUCAAAAACCUAGAAUAAAAGUCCACCAUUUUAGCUUAGAGGACUAAUAAAAUCAUAAUAGUAGUUAAUGGGGUAAGUUGAGCUAGUGGUUCAGCUGAGAAAGUAAAAGAGUCUGAUGAGAGGAUCAGAGUUUCAGUUCAGAUUGUUGAAAUGUGUUACUUUUUCUUUUCAAAAAUACAGCUGUGAAUGUUCUGAAUCACUUAAAAACAUUCUCAUGUUAAAAUGGAUUUUUACAAAACAGCUUUUUCAGCAAUUAUAUGCAAUAAUAAUGAAAAAAAAUAUUGAACUAGUUGAAUAGCAUAUAAUAGAUAAAAUACACAUGAAUGUGAAGAAGUGACUGUUAUUUAGGGAGAGAGAAGGUGAGGGAGGGCUGGGGUGGAGAGUGUGGGGGAUAGUAGGGAUACGGCUCAACUUACCCCGCUCCCAUGGUCAACAUACCCCAUAUACGGGGUAAGUUGAACAUAGGAGACCACUUUUUUUUGGCAUGCUGUAUUAUCAAGACAGUUAUGUUUACACUCAUUCUAUUGGUUUGCAUGGAGGCACAACAUCUUAGAAUAUAUGUAGAUACAUAUAGACAAAAAGAGACAAAACUAUGAUUGCCUUGAUGUAGUGAUCUUAAAUAUGAAAAAUGGCUCGUCUUACCCCUCUCUCCUCUAUUCAUUACCAACAGAUGCAGUCAACAAAUACAACAACUAUGAUGAUAUUUUUCGAGGGUAAACUAAACAUUCAUCUUAAAAUUGUUUUACAUUUUCUAUGUGGAUCUAUAAUCAUUAAGGCUCUCGCAUGAUUCAUUUUUGAAACUGUAAUCUCUGAAUUUCAGAAUUUAAAUAAUUGUGAGAAAUGAUUAUCAAAUUAUUAGUUGAAAGUGGAAAAGUUACAUAAUUUCGGUUUAUCCUGUGUCAUUUCAUGCACUCAUCUGCCAGUUAAUGUGAUUUUUUUUACUUGCUGAUGGUAUAAAAUCCAUCUCAGCAACCCUUUUGAGAGGGUCAUGUUCCACUAGCUUUUAACAUGGUAUUCUACCACACUAAUGAUGAGGGUACCUGGUAUACUUAGGUUCUCUUUGUCUCAAGAAUAAAAAUGUUUUAAACUAAAAUGUAUCCUACCUGUUUGUUUUUUGUUUUUUUUCACAGAGCCCUUGAGGAUCAUGCUUUUUGGAAAGGGUGGGGUCGGCAAGAGCUCCAGUGGGAACACCAUCCUCGGGAGACAUGAGUUUAAGGCCAGCAUGAGCGUUCAGCGAGUCACUCAAUACUGUGAGAAGGGGGUUAGGAUAGUCAAAGAUGUCCCUGUGGACGAGACUGGGAAGGUUGAAGAUGUACCAGUGGCUGUCAUUGACACACCGGGCCUUUUUGAAAAGGAAUGUAAGAGGGAAGAUACAAUGCGAAAGAUACUGAAGACCAUCAAACUCCAGGAGCCAGGACCCCAUGUCUUUCUGCUUGUAGUCCCUAUAGGUCGCAUGACCCAGGAAGAUGAAAAUACCCAGGCACUGAUUGAAGCAAUGUUUGGCCCAAGAGUUUGGGACUUCACCAUUGUGCUGUUCACCCAUGGUGAUCGCUUGGAAGGAAAAAAGAUCAACAAGCUCAUAUCUAAGAGCAAUGAAAACCUCCGUAACUUCAUCCGCAAGUGCGGUGGUGGCUACCACGUCUUUAACAACAAGGAACCAGAAGACGAGAAACAGGUAACAGACUUAAUUGCAAAGAUCUACACCCUCAUGGCCCUGAAUGGAGGGGCGUAUUAUCACACCGACCUGUAUCCAAAAGAGGAGAGGAUGAUCAGGAAAAUACAAGAGGAAAUCCUGGCAGAGAGAAAUGAUCAGAUCAAACGCGAGGAGAGAAAGCUGCAGGAGCGUUUUCAGGGCAAAGAGCUGGAGAUGGAGAUGAAUAAGCUGUGGAGGGAAGAGGAGGACACAUCCAGGAUAGAUGCAGAGAAGCAGAGAAGAUGGAGCCCCAUUAAGAUGGAGAACCUCAUUUUUAUUUUAUUCCUGCUAAUUCUGAUUCUGAUUGGUUUGGCUCUGGGAGUAUUUUAUGUGUUGGCUCUCCUGGCACCCUUUUUUCUGAUUUGGGUUGUCUGGGGCAUCCCAUCUAUCCCCAAAGUUUUGUCAUGGCUUCAGAAGACAAAACAAAAAAUUUAGACAUGCCAUUGCAUCUUUAGGUAUCAGACAUUUAUUACUCAAUUCUGGAACGGAUGUUCAGUCACUGUAAUUAUAUAUAGUUAAGUUAGGAGUGCAAAUAACAUUGCUUUGUAUCUUUUAUUUGAUUUAAACCCCCUUUUCUCUUGCUUCAUUUUACUUUAAUUCAACUUUGAUGUUAAUUGUGUUUGAUGUUUUCUUGGUGAUGUAUAUUAAUCCAGAUGCAGAAAAAUCAAGUGAAAAUAAACUGCUGGAAAUGAGGAUGUUUUGUUGCACUUAUUUCCUUCCAUUUCCCUCCAUUGUUCCCUCUGGUCUAGAGUCUCACUUGUGUUGCUCUUUUUCCCAUAUUCAUGUUGCAUCAGGCCAAAGAGUCUGCAUAUAAUAACAAUAAUAAUAAUAAUAGUAAUAAUAAUAAUAGGAAGAAAGAAGAGGAAGAAACUAAACAAUGAUAAUAAUGAUGACAAUGAAUAAACAAAUCAUAAAAAACACAACAAUAAUUAUGAUAAAAGUAACAGUAGUUUCAUGAAAAGGAGUGUUUUAAACUAGAGAUUAAAAAAAGAGAGGAAUUUUAGUUUUUCUGGUGUUAUACUUCAUGUAUUUAUUUGUAAUUCUCCUUUUUGAGUUUGUAUUUCACAUUAGAUAGUGAAUAUUUAUACCUUUGUCAAGUGUACUUUUAAUUCAUAAUAAAUCUCUUUGCAGAACAGCGUCUGUAUUUAUCUGAGAAAAUUAUUAAAUUUUCAAACAAAUCUUCAUUUUUCUCUGAAUUUGGCCCCGAUACUCCACUAUAAUAAUUUAAAUAUCCAUUUAAAAAUAUUAAAUAAUGUCCAAGUGACGUUCGACGGGAAUUAGGUUCAAAAGUGUCCUGGCUGCUGUUACACAGUUGUCCGCUAGGUGCCACUGUCAGGAAACAAGGAUCCUUCCUUGAAGCGCGGUCGUUUCCAUGGCCGGGCUGAAUCGUCGAUAUCCAGGUCGUCAGACUUGCUGCAAAGAACAAAAGGUACGACAAAGGUAAAGACUUCUUAAAGAUUUGUUACUCAUGCUCUGUAUUUCUGUGACCCAUGUAUUUAAUAGUCAGAACAUGAAUCUAGUGAGGAUCGUUUAUCAGUCAGAACAGCUGGAAAAACUCGGAGAGUAAAUGAUGUUUACUUGAUGUUCGAGAGUCGGCAUGUAGUCUGGAUCUAUGAGUGGGACACGACGUGGGGGUAUUUUACCUCAGAGGCUGUUGGUCAGCCUCUAUAACCACUCAUGGGAAAUUGAACCUCUCGUUGCUUCUUAUCUUAUUGCUGCUACUUUCGCAUCGAUUUCCCAACAUCAGAAAGCGACAAGGAGUUGAAAUAGUAGGGGAGACUGGGGUAAGUUGAGCCACCUCCUGUUGCUUGGAAAUGGGGAUCAAUUCAUGGAGUCUGUGAAGGCAAGAAGCACAUGGGUGAAGGGGUUAGAGAUUUAUUUCCAAAAAAACCUUUUUCCGCCCUUGAAAGUGAAUUUAGUUUGUCAUAAGUUUUAUUAGAAUUGUGUUCGGAUCAAAAAAGGUCAUUUUUUAUACAUCAACUGUGGUAUCUAUGAGCUGCAACAUGAGGUCAAAACCUAGCACAAAAGUCCACCAUUUUAGCUUAGAGGACCAAUAAAGUCAUAAAAGUAGUUCUGGGGUGAGUUGAGCCAGUGGUUCAAGUGAGAAAGUAAAUAAGUGUGAUGAGAGGAUCAGAGUUUUAGUUCAGAUUGUUGAAAUGUGUUACUUUUCUUUUCAAAAUACAGCUGUGGGCCAAUAAUGUGACAGUUUUUGUUUUUUUUUUUGUUCCUAUGGUUUACUUAAAAAGCUAAAAUUAAAAAAUAAACUCACCAAUUACUUGGAUCCAUUCUCUUUUUGAAGACCUUGUCUGAAAUUUCUGGAUUUUAUCAAUUUUGAGAGAAUAUUUAGGGAAUAAUGGGGAAAAUGUCAAUGUGGUGUAACCAAAAAAAGUAAACACAGUACCAAAUAUUUCAACUUGUUCAAAAAAGGAAACAUUUUUAGGCCAAAGUUUUCAGCAUUCCUCCUGCUAUAUAUUGCAAAAAUGCAUCCAAUUUUUUUGUAAACAAAAUCCUAAAAAAUGUAUUUUCAACUGAUAUAUUAUAAUUAAGUACCUUUUUUUUAUAAGUACACUUGCAUACACUAUAGGUGGAAAUAAGUAUUAAAUAUUUCCCCUUUUAUGGUGGUUACACCUCUUGACAUUUUCAAGGGAAAUCCAUCAUUUAUUUUGUAAAAAAAAAAGGUUUAAGUGCUGUUUGAAAUGAUAGGAAACCAACAGAAAUACAAAAUAUACAUCUUUGCAAACCUAAUGCAAACUUUUAAAACUAUUUAUUUAAACAUUUUUGAAUUACUGAUGAUGCAAACCCAUAUUUGUCACUGACCCAUACGCAAUGAUAAAAAGAAUUAUUGUACCAGUUUAAUAGGGUAUAAUAGAUAAAAAUACUCAUGAAUGUGAAGAAGUGACUGUUAUUUAGGGAGAGAGAAGGUGAGGCUGGGCUGGGGUGGAGAGUAGGGGGUAGUAGGGAUACGGCUCAACUUACCUCGUGUCUGGGAUAAGUUGACCAUAGGAGACCACUUUUUUUUGGCAUGCUAUAUUAUCUAAAGAGUUCUGUUUACAUUCAUUCUGUUUGUUUGCGGGGAGGCACAACAUCUUGAAAUAUACGCGGAUACACGAGUUAGAGACAAAACUAUGAUUGCCUUGAUGUAGUGAUCCGAAAUAUGAAAAAUGGCUCAUCUUACCCCACUCUCCCCUAUAUGUCUAUGAUCGCAGUGGGGCUUGUGCAUGCCACAGGAUGCACGCGCCAAGAAAGCAGCAACAUGUUUUAAUCUUUGGAAAGGUUGUUAACAGCUGAUACCAUGAAUGAAUGAAAGUAGUGGUAAAAAAAAGAGGGGAAUUUGACUAUCAGGGAAACCAACAAUGGCUUCAUGGGUUCCAACUGUAAUUUCUUAUUAACUCAAAAGUAUUUGUGUGUCCUGUUGUAGGUUGAACAGCUUAACACUGAAACCUUGCUGUAGUUUGUUUGGUAUGGAGUGUAAGGAGUUCAUCUUUGUUAAUUGCACUGGAAAAACAGGGGUUUUAUGAGAAGUCAAGAUGAUUACAUCUACAUUCUCGUUAAAAUCAAUACAGUCUGGCUGCAGACAGUGGAGGCCUGCAACCAGACCUCUCUUGUUAAAAUCCCUCAAAAUUGCAAAGUUGAAAUUUAAAAGUUUUGUGUAACAACCAUAGACUAUGGUAAAAACACCUCAGGUUGAUCAAACAUUUAGGCUAAAUAUAUUGUGACCCAAAAAGCAUAAAAGCACAAAGAAAGACGUAAGUAAUUACUUAUAACAGUCCAAACAGCAAACAGAGUUUACAAUGUAAUUUAUUCACUUUAUGCAUGAUAGAAAGUGCUUUAUAAAUGUUCAGUAAGAGUUUUUGUUUAAGUGUGUGUGAUGAAACUAGUGGGGUUUAGAUAUUCAGUGUUUUAGCCAUCAGAUUGCUGCAAUAGCUGCAGAGUAGGAUGUAGGAUUAUAAAAAUUAAAUUGUGUGAAAGAGAUAAAGGAAAAUAAGGAAAUAAAAAGAAAAUAUAAACAAUGGUUACAAAACAAUAUUGACUCUUAUUUUCUUGUCACUCAAGUCACAGAAGGGUCAGACUGAAUCAAAAUGGACUCUCAAAAAAAUAAAUGAAUAAGUCAAACAUUAAAAGAUUUUACUUCAGUCCUUAACCUUAAGAAAGUUUGCUGAGGAGAAAAAAAAGGUGAGUAUAAUAAAAUUGAAACAUACUGUAAGUGAAACAUCAUAACAUCAGAAUUUAAUGGUUUGUUUCUUUGUUUGUUUCAACUGUUCAGGGACUAACUGGGACUCAAAAUGGAAAAAAGACCGAUCUCUGAUGAAGAAGAACAAGAAGAAGAAGCAGUAGUAAAAAAAGGCCGUCGUCGUCGGCAGCAGAGAACAAGCCUAAGAGCUAGAAAGAGAGGCAGAUUUACGAGGAAUAGAGUAGAUGAUGGUGAUAAAAAGAAUGGUGAUAAUGAUGAAAAAGAAGAGGAGGAUGAAGAGAAAAGCGGUAAGAAAGAAGAAGAAGAAGUAGAAGUUCUGGUUUGAAUUAAAAAACGUAAUUGAAUGUGUUUAAAAUAGUGGAAUAGUGGAAACAGUGGACCCUCCACCAGUGGGAGCUGCCAUCUUGGUUGUUUACAAGUAUGUUAAAGUGGUGCCCCUGUGAUGUCACCUCUUUUGGCAUAAAUGAAAGUGAUUGGAUCUGGAUAUCUGUUUAGUAUGACAGUGGUUCUGAUGGGUUAAUUGUAGCUACAGUUAGUAGAGUUAACUCCACUGGCCAUUGGUUCUCCUUGAUAAUUGAAUUUUAAAGUACAUCUGUGCUGGUUGAGCAUUUACUAAAGCUUGGUGGUUAAACGGUUGUUAAAUCAGACUCAGCAUAAAUACAACUUUAUCCCUGUUUUCUAGAUCAAUACGUGUUUCACUCACUUUGCUUGUUUACUUUCAACUAUUAAAGCAUUAUGGCAAUAUAACUGGAGCUAUAGCCCAGGCAUACAAUUUUAAAAAUGUGAAUUAUUAGUUCAGCUGGCCAGUAAUUCUUGAGAGGGACAGCAUUUGAUUGUGUCGUUAACUACAUGCCCACAUCCCUUGUGUUAGAUGAAGUAAGUCACAAUGCACUACCUACCAAAACAGCUUAAAAAAAACAACAAACCCAAUUUGGGGGAAAAAAAAAAGCUUGGAAUGCUAAUUAGAUGGUUUGAAAAUCACUUGUUUAGAUUUAUCACUUUAGAUUUAAAGUGUUCAAGUUUCAGCAUUUGCCCUUUUUGGCCCUUGCUGUUGAUUGGAAAGUAAAGACAUACUUUCUUGCUGUGUCCUGCUAUUGAACAUGCUUCAAUAUAAACAUGUUUGCAACUCCUUUCUCGACAGAGCAAUCCCUACAAAACCCAGAAGUUUUGGCAGUAACUUGUGGGAACAUAAAAGGCAUCUUUUACGUCGAGAAGUGUAACAGCGGUAAGUCUAAAAAAACAUACACAUAUCACUGCUCAUUUUGCUGCUUCUGAUGCACAUUUUUUUGUUUGAUUUGUUUGUUAAUUAUAUGUUCCUGUGUGGUGACAUUGUUUAGGUGAAAAGUGUAUCAAGUGUAAGGAUCAGUGGUUUUAUCCUUUGGAGUUUGAAAAAUUUGGGGGAAGAGGCUCGAGUAAAAAUUGGAAAGCAAGUAUUCGUCAUGAAAAUAAACCUCUGCGGUUUUGGAUUGAGGUAAGAUUUUUUUUUCUGUAUUUCUGAAAAAAAUCAGCAGACAUCCUAAAUAAUCUUCCUGUGAUUAUCCAUCAUUGCAGCAAGGUACCUUAAUCAUAAAAGAACUGAAAAACAAAGAGACUGGAGCUUCAAAGGUAACUGAAUGUCAGAAUACAAACUCAUGUGGACUUAAGUACAUUCAAGCAACCGUUACACUGAUGUUGAGUCUGUCUUUUGUCGUUAUCCUAUCAGCAGGAGAAAAGUUUGUCUUCAAAAUACACAUCUGACAGCUCCUCUGAAGGUUUGUCUUUCCUGCGACUACAGCUGUAACAGAAUUCAAAGCAUCUAUUAGCUGUGCGCUUGUUAAGUUCAGCAUUUCAAAUUCAUUAAGUGUACAUGUUAAGUUAUUUUGUUCCUCUUAAAGAGUGUAAGUCGCUAACUGUUGUAGAAGACGCCGAGGAGGAGGAUGCUCAAGAUGAAGACUGGUUGCCAGACAGUGAUAAAGUGGUGCCAAGAGAGGAGAAGAGCACAGAGCCUGAAAGCAAGAGAGGAGACUCAGAAGAGGAGGAAGAAAAAAUGGAAAGUGGAGAAGUGGAAGGUGAGAAUUUGGCUGCUUUUGCUGCUAAUACUGUCAUGUGUUGGGUCUAAACCUGCCCAAACGACUGAAAACACAUAAAGAAGAGAAAGACAAUGGUUUAGAUUUUUACUCGAGGAGAAUGGACAGAGAUAGUUUCAGUUACAAUCUCAAAACCAUUCUGAAGGUAUUUCUGUCCAGUCUCUUUUAUUUAGGGUUGUCCCUGGUUACACAAUGUUACUAAAGGGUGGGGGAUAACUAUUUGCAGCAACGUAAGCACUCUCAUAAAACAUAAUUAUGAACAACAGAAAAUAUGUGAGGGUCAAGGCAACAUUGUUGACAUCAAACGAGCUCCUUCUGAUAAGAGCGGAUCCUCCUCAUUACUUCCCACGAUUCACAGUGGAGGAUACAUCACACACCUGCUGAUAGGAGAAACAAGGUCACAGAGAAGUUAAGAAACGUUCUUGUGCUGUGUAAUAAAGCUAUUGGAGAGAGAAGUUAAAAAACACUGAUGUGUAACAAGAGGUUAAAACAGUUCAUACUUGUAGCAAACUCUUACAUAAGAAUUUGAGUAAGAUGAUAACUUCUAUAUACAUUUAUACACAUUAUUCUGACACAUGACAGUUUUGGAAAUGUUUCUCUUUAAAAGUAUGAAUUUUACUCUUGGUUUUUUUUUUUCAGGAACAGAGACAGAACUGUCCAGUCCAGAAAAAAUUCUGACUCCUGUUUUGAGGAAGGUUGCAAUAGUUGUUCUUAAAAGACUCUCGGAGGUAAGUGUGACAACCAGCUCAUUGAGGGAAAAGGGGAGAGACAUUAGAGAUUAGAGAGAGAAGAAUUGUGCACAAAUACAAAAAAUGAGGGGAUGGUUGUGGCUGUAAGUUACAAUCAUCAAAAAGAAAAGAAAUUAACACUUGAAAUAUAUGGAUCUAUAAUAUAUGAGUUUACUGAAAUAAAUCAACUUUUUGAUGAUGUUCUGAUUUGUUGAGAUAGACCUGUACACUGUGAAACAUGCAGACAUGUUGAUACAGGUCCUUGCUCAAACGUUAUUAGAAUUAAUAGACUACAGAGAUGAAGUAACUGGUAAAAAGGUGUACAAAUAUGUAGGAAAGUGUUUUUUUUUUUUAACUAAUAUACAGUAAGUGACUUAUGUCAUUGUAGGUUUAGCUGUUUAUCAAUACUUGCUGAUACAAGUAUGUAGUUAAGUACAUGCUGUUAGAUAUGUACAGUAUGGUUUUAUAGAUAAAUGUGGUACAAAGACAUGAAGUCUCUGAUUCAUAGUGGGUUUUGAGUUGCAUCAAUAUGAGGGAUGCAGAUGUCAGGAUUUUUGUAAAGCCCUGAGUCGUAUUUAAGCAAUCCUGUUUUAAAUUGCUCUCAUGGUUACUUGUUUGUGUUCUCCUUUCGUGCACAGAAGGAUUGUCUGACCAACAGCACAAAUCACUCAGAAGCAGGUUUGUAGAUACUUUGUCUCAGUUCUGAUUCAGUCUAAAGCUCUGUGUGUGAGCAGCAUUGUUCGAUCAUUCAUGAUCAUUCAUCAUACUUUCUGUUUCAUUACAUCACUUUCUAACUGAAAUGUGCUGUCAUGUUGUGUCUGAAGACAGUCAGUGUGACGCUGUAGGUGAAGACACACAAGAUGAAGAGGAGGGACAGUUCACCACUCCAAAAGCAGAUGAAGAACCCUCAGUGGUGUCAGACUCAGCCGGGGAUGUUAAUGGAGAAGAGAGCGAGGAGGAGGUAUCACAAGAUGGGGAAAUAGUAGAUAACGGAAAGAAAGAUGUGGACCCACAAGAUGAAGAGGAGGGACAGUUCACCACUCCAAAAGCAGAUGAAGAACCCUCAGUGGCGUCAGUCUCAGCUGGAGAUGUUAAUGGAGAAGAGAGUGAGGAGGAGGUAUCACAAGAUGGGGAAAUAGUAGAUAACGGAAAGAAAGAUGUGGACCCACAAGAUGAAGAGGAGGGACAGUUCACCACUCCAAAAGCAGAUGAAGACCCCUCAGUGGUGUCAGACUCAGCCGGGGAUGUUAAUGGAGAAGAGAGCGAGGAGGAUUUACCACAAGAUGGUGAACAAGCAGACGAUGGAAAGAACGAUGUGGACCCAGGCUUUGAGGAUGGUUAGCAUCACUUACAAUAAUGGUGUUCUUGAAAUGCAAAGCUAGUUUAUUAUUUUAAAGAUUAGAUUCAGUGUUUGUUCUAAUUUUGUAUUUCUCUCUGAAGAACUGAAAUUGGAGAUUCCUGGUGGGGAAAAUGGAAAAGAAAGCACAAAGGAGAAAGGUAUGUUUUUCAGAAACUAUGAAAGAAUUAACUUCAUGUUUGUGCAAAAAAAAAACAUUUACAUCUGUUUGUAGGCGAUGUGCCUCCCGUGGAACCCCAAAGCACGCCAGUGGCGUGUGAACUCAACAACACAGACACUCCUCCCUUUUCACAAACUAUCAAGUUGGUUAGGUAAGGUUUACAGUCAUGUUAUUUGUCAAAACAAAGAUGCAUUAUUGUUUUUCAUUCACAAUCUUACAUUUCUUUAUCCCAACAGAUCUUUUCAAGCCUCACAGGAACCCCAGGUCUCAGACAUGGUGGCAGGUACAGUUCCUGACCUCCCUAUAAACUGUAAUCUGGAUAAAAUGGACCUGGAUGAACUGAAGAGGGAGAAGUUAAAAAUGCAAGUCAAAGUGUUGAAGCUGCAGGAGGAAUACUACACACGGAAGAUUAAGGACCAGAAAAAGAACCAAGAUUAG